AUGUUCCAUAUUAAAAUAAAUCAAGAAUUAUGUUUACAGUGUUCUUCUGCAUCUUCAUCAAUAGUUAUUACUUUAAGAUAUAAAGCAAAGAAACCUGUCACUGCAGUAACUGAGCUCACAUCUCAUAAUUUUGAUGAUAUAGCUUUAGAUCCCAAUAAGAAUGUGUUGGUUGAAUUUUAUGCAACUUGGUGUGGACAUUGUAAAAAUUUAGCACCAAUUUACGAAAAGGUUGCAUUGGAUUUUGAACAGGAAUCAAAUUGUAUUGUUGCAAACCUUGAGGCGCCUUCAUAUAAAGCAAUUGCUGAGAGAUAUGAUGUCAAAGGUUUCCCUACAAUAAAAUUCUUUCAAAAAGGUGAUGACAAAACUCCGAUUGAUUAUCAAGGUGAUAGGACAGAAGAAGAUUUUGUAAAAUUUUUGAAUAAACAUUGUGGAACUCAUCGUUUAAUUGGCGGUGGUUUAUCUGAAGAGAAAUUCACAAGUGCUUCUACUGAUGAAAAGUCUCAAAUCAUUAUUGAUGCUAAGUCAAUUGAAAACAAAAUAAACAGCAGAUAUUCAAAAUAUUAUAUUAAAGUUAUGGAAAAAAUUAAUGAGAAACCAAAUUAUGUAGAUAAUGAAAUUGAUAGGUUGAAUAAUAUAAUUAAAACCGGUAAAAUGUCAGGUGGUAAAUUAGAUGAUUUUACAAUUAGAAAAAACAUUUUAUCAAGUUUUAAGAAAGAUAAUGAUGCAACUAAUGAACCUCAUGUAGAAUUGUGA